UAUGACGCAGAAAAAGCUGGUCAAGCGUGCAUUUUCUCUUUUUCUGUCAGCUACAACCAAAGACUUGUAUGCCAAUCAGUAGAUUUCAAAACUGAGGUCAUGGCAGUGAGCAUGGGCCUGCUACGUGCUUUGCUGUGCCGGCCCUCGUUGCUACAGCUCCGAUCUCCUGCAGUGGCUCUCAGCAGAGGCAGGACACCAGUACUCUGUCCUGGGCCAUCCCAUUUCAACACUGCAUGUAGCCGUCAUUUUGCUACUAAAAAGGCCAAAGCCAAGGUAAAGGGCCAAGCUGUUAAGGUGAAUAUUAGUUCAGCCCUGGUGGAAGACAUCAUCAAUCUGGAUGAAGUGAAGAUGGACAUGAAUGCAGUGCUAGAUGCUCUCAAAAAUGACUUUACACGCAACCUCAGCAUCAGGACCUCCCCAGGAGCUCUGGAUCACAUUGUGGUGACGACUCAAGAUGGGAAGUUCCCUCUGAACCAGCUGGGCCAGAUCUCCAUGAAGUCCCCUCAGCUCAUUGUGGUCAAUAUGAGCAGCUUCCCCGAGGUGACUGCAGCGGCCACUCGCGCCCUGAGAGAGAGCAGCAUGAACCUGAACCCUGAGGCGGACGGGACCAUCAUCAAAGUGCCCGUUCCCAAGGUAACGCGUGAACAUAGAGAAAACUUGUCUAAACUGGCUAAACAGUUCAGCAACAAGGCUAAAGACUCAGUGAGGCGAGUGCGCACUAAUGCUGUCACACAGGUCAAAAAGGCCAAAGAAGGCCAAUCUGAAGACAUAAUACGACUUGUGGAGAAACAGAUUCAGCAGAUGGCGGACAGCAUUACAGUGGACAUUGACAAGCUCCUUGCAACCAAAACCAAGGAGCUGCUGGGCUAACUUCGACAGUAACUGAGGACAUAAUACUUUUCCAUAAUGGAUCGAAAUGGACAUGUAGACACUUUGGAUUUUUUUUUUUUUUUUUUUUUUUUGGUGACUACAUACAGAUUUGGCCUUUUCCUUGUAGACACCAUUUUUUAAUUCCUGCCCACAUCCCUGGCAUCUCUCCUUUCCUCUUAUGGGGCAAAUCUAUGUUUAACAGUUGAAGCAUAAACAGACACUGGCACAGACAUGCAUCAGGGACACAGCAGUAGUCACCUACCUCCUGCCUUGUUACUCUUCUGUCUUCAAACAAACACCAAAGGAGGGACGAAUGGACUUUUAAUGGGAUUUGUGGGCUCCUCCUAAUCAAACCCUGUGCCACAAGGGCUGUCUGUUUAUAUAAAACCAGUGCUCCCGUCUGUGUGUAAGAUGUGUUUUUUUCUUGGUGAGGGUGAGAGGCAGAUUCUAGAAUUCACAUGGAACAGUGUGAUUAGCUUGUUGCCAAACAUUUGUUUCACAUUGAUGCUAAGUCUGUUGAAAAUGCACUUAGGGAAAUGGGCUGCCUUUUGUUCCUGUUCAGGAUUGAUAACAUGGUAACUCCUUCUACAAAGAACUCCACAACAAAACAAUAUUAAUGAAAUCCAUUAAAGAAACCCAACAUGC